AUGUUGUUUGGUUUUAGCCUUCGUGAUAAGGCUCAAACAUGGUUGAACGAUGUCAAGCAGACAGAGUGGAGUGCUAUUUCACAAGCCUUUCUAGAAGAAUUCUUUCCACCCACCAAGACUGCUGAAAUAAGACACAAGUUGACUACAUUCACGCAAGAACCUGGAGAGUCACUUCGAGAAGCCUGGGAUAGAUUCAAGGCUUUGCAGCGGUCGUGUUAUGAUUUCCUUGCCAAUGUUGCUGCCAAUCACUAUAGCACCACCAGAACCACAUCUAAAAGGGGAAAGAUGGACGUUGAUGCUUAUGCUCUAUUGUCCUCACAAGUGGCAGCCUUGAACCUAAAGAUCGAUGCUUUGAAGUCCCCUCAGUCUGGUACUCCCCCAAUGAGUAUCAAUGCUAUGUCUAGUGUAGCUCCAGUGACAACUUCUUACUACGAAGUUUGUGGCAUCCAAGGUUACUUUGGUCAUGAGUGCUCUUAUAGUCCGCAAGAUACCACCCAAAUGGAACAACAACAAUGGUCACAACCACAGUUCCAUCCACCUCAUACACAUGUUGCUAGGCCUCCAUUCUCACAAGGAGCCUCACAUAAUGCUCCCCCGGGGUUUAAUAGACCUCCACACCAAGGCUAUCAACAACAACCUCCUCAGAUCAAUGCUACUUUAGAGCCUAACAUGGGUGAUCUGUACAAGCUCAUAGCGAAUAUGCAGAAGUCCUCAGAGAUCUCUCAAAAGAAUCACGAUGAGAGCAUAAAGGAGUUCAAGAAUCAAAAUAGAAUGUUGGAGAACCAAGUUGCUCAAUUCGCUGAUACUUUGUCAAAAAGGCAACCGGGCAAACUUCCAGGGCAAUCUACUUCAUCUCAAGGUCACACUAGAGAGAGUGCUUGUGCCAUUGUUCUUCGGAGUGGUACUACAUAUGAUGCCCCCUUGGUACCUACUGAUUUUACGGAUCUCGAAAAGGGGAGAGAGGAGGCUAGAAGAAAGAAGGAAAGAGUCAAGGAGAAGGCUUUUGAUGAUUCUCUCCCUUUUGUUCCUCGAUUGCCAUUUCCUCAUCGACAAUAUAAGUCAAAGGGUGAUCAUCAAUCUGGUGAAGAGGCAUAUGUUGACAGAAAGACCGUAGAUGUAGGGGUUGAAACCCCGGGUGUUGAGAAUGAACUAGAGAAGAAGGAAAGCGGCAAGGAAAAGGUUACUAAUUCUCCCCCUUUUGCACCUACACUACCAUAUCCUCACCGAAUGCAGAAAACAAAAGUUGAUCAACAGUUCGGUAAGUUCUUGGCUAUGGUUAAGAAUCUUGAGGAAUUAAUCACUAAGAAAAGGGAUCUUGGUGGUGUAGAGAGAGUGGCUCUAUCUGAGGAGUGUAGUGCUAUGUUACAAAACAAGUCUCCCCCUAAAUUAAAGGACCCCGGUAGUUUCUCCAUCCCUUGUCAUAUAGGUGCUUUAUUCAUUGAUAAGGCUCUAUGUGAUUUAGGUGCUAGUGUGUCCGUCAUUCCCCUCUCUAUUUAUAAAAAGUUGAACAUGGGAGAAUUGAAAUGUACCACCAUUACUCUGCGAAUGGCCGACCAUUCUAUUAAAUACCCCUUAGGUGUUUUAGAAGACGUCCCCGUGAGAGUAGGUAAAUUCUAUAUUCCCGUAGACUUUGUUGUGCUUGACAUAGCAGAGGACAAUCAGAUUCCAAUAAUCUUAGGUAGGCCAUUCCUUCAUACUGCAGGGGCAGUUAUUGAUGUUAAGAAAGGGAGGCUAACCUUGACUGUAGGGGAUGACAACGUGAGCUUUAACUUGUCUCAUGAGAUGAAAAGUCCAAUGCAAGAAGUAUCUUGUUCUUUGAUUGCCUCUAAUGCUAAGUUGCCUCAUUCUUAUUCUAGAAAUUCUUCAACUAAUGCACUUGGUUUGAAAGAGUUUGCAGGUGAUGAUGAUCCUGGUGAUGCAGUUGAUGCUAGUCCAAUAGUUGGAGCAAGAAGUUCGGUACUCGAUAGCACAAAGUUCAAAGUGAACGACCAACGGUUGAAGCUAUACACUGAAAAAGCGUUCAUUGGAAAUUUGGAGAUGGCCUAUCUCUCCAAUCCACCCAUCGACGCUUGA